CCCAAAGUAUUUGUCCUCUUUCAUUUUUACACAUCAUCCAAUGCAUUUCUUUAAUCCAUUUUAUCUUGUAAUUUGUAUAUUAAAAAAUUAUAGAAAUUAUAUAUUAAUAAUCUAUAUGUUAAGACAAAUCAAACAAGAUCACACAUGACUAUAUUUAGACUUACACAUUGAGAGAAUUUGAUGAGUCAAAGUACUUAGAUGAACAAUUCCAAAAGUCAAAAGUGGACAAACAAAGCGGGACGGAGUUGAUUUCCGCCUUCUUCCUUAGCUUCCUUGCGCUAUGCACUCCCUCGCACCUCUUCUAUCUCCAUUUUCAAACAUCAUCUUGGAACAAAUUGUAGUUGCGCCGGAAUUUGCAAAUCAGAUCGGAGUCUGCGCUUCUCCGUCGAAAAUCACCACCACAUUCCUUCGCCCCCACAAAUCCAACGCAAAUCACCAUUGUCUAUGAAAUUGUAGGUGCUCCUCACAGAUUUAGAUCGAAGUAGUUGCUUCUCAAAGGUAAAUUGCCUUUUGCCAUGGUGUAGAUGAAUGGAUCUAGAAGGGUGAGUUUUGGAUCUUGAAGCGCAAAUAGCUAUCCCCAUCUUAAAAUCUGAGAUUGGCCAUGUCAUCAGCCGCGUGCGGCGUCGGAUUGAUGAUCUUUAUUUCAGUGGCGGCGGCGGCAGGGGCAGGGGCAGCAGAGGAGUUACUGUUAGCAUAUAACCCGACGGGAUACGCCGGCGGCGGUUGCAACCUGUUCUACGGGAAAUGGGCGGCGGAUGGAACCUAUCCUCUCUACAACAAUAAUGGCUGCCCAUUUAUCGACCCUCAAUUCGACUGCCUUAAAUAUGGACGCCCGGAUAAAUCCUUCCUCUAUUACGCGUGGAAACCCGCCGCCGCCGCCGCCGCCGGAUCUUGCAGCCUCCCCAGAUUCGAGGGAGGGGAUUUGUUGAAGAGAUGGAGGGGGAAGAGGAUAAUGUAUGUGGGCGACUCACUGAGUCUGAACAUGUGGCAGUCAAUGGCUUGCAUGCUUCAUUCCGCCGCCGUCGCCGCCGCCGCAAGGGCUUCCUUUUCCUAUGCCAGGAACGCCCCCAUUCCCUAUGUUACCUUCAAGGAUUAUGACCUAACAAUACAUUUCUAUCACUCAAAUUACUUGGUGGAUUUAGUAAAGGAAACUAAAGGUAUGGUAUUGAACUUGGACUCCAUCCAACAAGGGGGAGAUGUAUGGAAAUCAAUGGAUGUUCUCAUCUUCAACUCUUGGCACUGGUGGACUCACACCGGAACAUCUCAACCAUGGAAUUUUGUCCAAGAUGGGACAAAUUCAUACCAAGAUAUGGACCGUUUGGAAGCAUUCCACAAAGGAUUAACAACUUGGGGAAAAUGGGUUGAUCAGAAUGUUGAUCCUCAGAGGACCAAAGUCUAUUUCAUGGGAAUUUCCCCUUCACAUUAUAUGGGUAAGGAGUGGGGCUCACCAAGCAAGACCUGUAGAGGCGAGAAAUUGCCAGUAGAAGGAUCAAUGUAUCCAGCAGCAGGAGAAGCAAGUGGACCUGAAGAAGUGGUUAAGAAAGUCUUGAAUGGAAUCCGCAAACCGGUUUAUCUGCUUGACAUCACGCUGUUAUCAGAGUUGAGGAAAGACGCACACCCGUCGAAUUACAGCGGGAACCACCCGGGCUUGGAUUGCAGCCAUUGGUGCCUUCCUGGAGUCCCUGAUACCUGGAACCACCUCUUAUAUGCAUCUCUAUUACAAUGAUGAUGAAGAUGAUGUUUUUUUCAAGUCCCCUCCUUAACUUGUUGUUCUCCUUACCAUUGUAAAAUCAAAUAACAUUCCACUCAUUGAUCAUGCGGAUAAGCAUUGGUUGUAAAUUCAUUGAUUCUCAAGUAAACUCAUUCAUUUAUG